CAGGUCCAUCAACGAUUACUGUCACCGACUGUUACUUUUUCCCGCGCAAUAGAUUUUCACAUUUUUUCCCUCUUUUCUUCUCUCUCAGAGUUAGAUUAGGGUUUUCACAAGCCAAAAAAAGCAGCGGAGCAACCACCACAAAAAAACAAAAAUGGAGGUUCAAAUUGCUCAGCUGAUAAACGACUCGUUCAAUCCCGAUGUCAACGUCGUUCGCACGGCUACUGAAGCGCUAGAUCGCCUCUCUCUCCUCCCUCACUUCCCCUACUCCCUCCUCUCAGUUGCCUCAGGAGGUCAAGAUCAAGGUCAAAGAAUCGGUGCUGCUACAUAUUUUAAGAAUUUCACUAGAAGAAGCAUCAAUAAGGAUGAUCCUAAUUCAAAAGUUAGUAAAGAGUUUAAGGAGCAGCUUUUGAGAACUUUACUUCAAGUGGAAGCUUCAGUUCUAAAAGUCUUAGUUGAAGUGUUUCGAAUCAUUGUUGUCGCUGAGUUUGUUGAGAACGAUUUUUGGCCUGAACUUGUACCUGAUUUGCAAUCUGCUAUUAGUAAUAGUAAUCUUAUUAACGAUAAUGCAAGUAGUCAGUGGAAUACUAUUAAUGCGCUCACAGUUCUUUGUGCUCUGGUCAGACCUUUCCAGUAUUUUCUGAACCCCAAGGUUGCUAAGGAGCCAGUGCCGCCGCAGUUAGAGCUAAUCACCAAAGAGAUUCUUGUGCCCAUCUUAUCUGUAUUCCCUCGCCUCGUUGAAAAGGCAUUAUCUAGCAUCAGUAGCAUGGAGCUGGAACUGGAAAAGAGCCUGCUUCUUAUAUGCAAAUGCACACACUUAACUGUUAGGUCACAUAUGCCAUCUGCAUUAGUACAUUCUGUACCCUCAUUUUGCCGGAAUUUGACCGGGCUUCUUGAUUCCUUGAGCUUUGAUUGUGGUGUUACUCCAGAAGAUGGCCACCUGCUAAGACUAAAGACUGGAAAAAGGAGUUUGCUCAUAUUUUCUGCUCUAGUUACCAGACAUCGCAAAUAUUCUGACAAGUUAAUGCCAGACAUCAUUAACUGUGCUCUGAGGAUUGUAAAAAAUAGCACAAAUAUCAGUAAGCUUGAUUUUCCGUCGGAGAGGAUUAUUUCACUGGCUUUUGAUGUAAUUUCCCAUAUUCUGGAGACGGGCCCGGGAUGGAGAUUGGUUUCACCCCAUUUCUCGUCUUUGUUGGACUCUGCAAUCUUCCCAGCGCUAGUCCUGAAUGGAAAGGAUAUUUCAGAAUGGGAAGAAGAUUCUGAAGAGUUCAUACGAAAGAAUCUUCCGUCAGAACUUGAAGAAAUUUCUGGGUGGAGGGAGGAUCUGUUCACAGCUAGAAAGAGUGCAAUAAACCUGCUUGGUGUUAUUUCAAUGUCAAGGGGGCCUCCCACAGCAACCUCUUGGAAUGGUUCAGUCACAUCCUCUAAACGUAAGAAGGGUGAAAAGAACAAGAGAGAUAACCAGCGGUAUUUUAUGGGGGAGCUGUUGGUCCUUCCAUAUUUGUCCAAAUACCCCAUCCCUUCUGAUGUGAAUGCAUUGAAAGAAGGAAUUGUAAAUGACUAUUUUGGGGUUCUAAUGGCAUAUGGUGGCCUGCAAGAUUUCCUAAAAGAGCAAAAACCUGGAUAUGUAAUUCCUCUGGUUCGCUCUCGGUUGCUUCCAUUGUAUACAGUGCCCUUAACUUCACCAUAUCUUGUUGCUGCUGUAAACUGGAUUAUUGGAGAGCUAGCUUCCUGUCUGCCAGAGGAGAUGAAAGAAGAUAUAUAUACCUCAUUGCUGAAGGCUCUAGCAAUGCCAGAUAACGAAAAUAUUCCUUGCCAUCCUGUUCGUGUAUCUGCGGCUGGGGCAAUUUCGGAGCUUCUUGAAAAUGAAUAUCUACCACCUAAGUGGCUUCCUCUUCUUCAAGUUGUGAUUAGUAGGAUAGAUAUGGAGGAGGAAGAGACAUCAAUCUUAUUUCAACUUCUCAGCUCCAUGGUGGAGGCUGGUGAUGAAAAUGUUGCAGAUCAUAUUCCAUACAUGGUUUCAUCAUUAGCUGGACUUCUAUCAAAGUUUAUUCAUCCUGGUUUGGAGUCAUGGCCUCAAGUGCUUGAGAAGGGCUUUGCAGCAUUAGCAGUAAUGGCUCAAUCCUGGGAGAACGCCGUGCCUGAAGACAGUGAGCAGAUUGGAUCAAGCUCAAAAGGAAAAUGGGUAUCUGGUCAAGCUACCAUUGGUAUAGCUUUGUCGGCUCUUCUGCAACAGACUUGGCUUAUGCCCAUGCAACCAGUGGAUCAAAACGAUCAGGUUUCUCCAACUCCAACAUGUAUGGAUGAUUUAUCAACACUGCUGCGCUCCGUAAUUGUUUCUGUUACUGGGAGUGAUGUAAUGCUACAACUUAAGCUGUCUGAGUUAAUUUUAGCUUGGGCUGAUCUGAUUGCUGACUGGCAUGCCUGGGAAGAAUCUGAAGAUUUAUCAAUCUUUGACUGCAUUAGGGAAGUUGUUAACCUGAACAGUAAGUAUGGACUGAAGGAUUUUGUCAGUAGACAAAUGCCUUCACCUCCUGCUCCACCUGUGCCAUUGCAAUCUAUUAUUGAAGGAAUUGGUGCUUUUAUUAGUGAGGCUAUUCGACAGUAUCCAUCUGCAACAUGGAGAGCUUGCUCAUGCGUCCAUAUGCUACUGCAUGUCCCAUGCUACCCAACUGAAACAGAAGUAAAGCAGUCGCUUUCAGUUUAUUUUUGUCAAGCUGCAUUUUCUCAUUUCAAGGAAGUUCAGAGCAAGCCUUGUCCACUUUGGAAGCCUUUGUUGCUUGUUAUAUCAUCGUGCUAUUUGUGUUAUCCUGAUAUUGUGGAGAGAAUUUUAGAAAAAGAUGUGAAAGGAGGAUUCAGGAUUUGGGGAUCUGCACUUGCAUCUGUAUGCACUGGUUCUUUUGAACCUGGUCUGCUGGCGAAGUCUGAGAUAAAGUUAGCAGUCAUGACACUGGCCAAGAUAAUUGAACAGCUUCUAGGACAAGAGAAUUCAGGUGGUUUAUUAAGUGAAUGCUUUAAUUCGUUGAUGGAGGCAUCUGUGCGGUUAAAAGAAGUGCAAGAAGAAACAGAAGACGAAGAAGACAAUGGGGAAGCUGAAGGUGAAGAAGAAGAAGACGAGGAUGAAGACGAUGACUAUGAUGAUGAGGAUUCCGAGGAAGAUGAACAUGAAGAAACAGAAGAAGAGUUUCUAGAACGAUAUGCAAAAGCAGCGGUGGCCUUGGACAACGGACUUGAGGUUGAGGAGGGGGACUUGGAAGAUCAAGAGCAUGAUAUUGAACUGGGAGUGUUAGAAAAAGUGGAUGAGAAGAAAAUGAUAUGCUCAAUGACAGAGAGAUCCCGUCAUUUUCUGAGUCAAGGACUAGCACAUGGAUUGUCAAAGCAGAUAACGACAGAUUUCCUGUCUGCUUUUCCGGAGUGCAGUAAAUUCUUCUUUUAUUAAGGAAGAUGAUUUGUUUAUUCUUUUUAAGGUGUAUACACAGAGAUGAAGAGCACAUUCAACUCUCCUUGAGCAUUAUUUAAAUUAUGUUAUGCCCA